AUGAAUCCUCCUUCAGGCUCAAGAGUCCCAGCCAGCCCAACCCAGGAGCCCAGCAGCAACAGCAGCUCGGCCACCCCAGCCGACAGUUGGGACAGCUCCCAGAACAGCCCCACCAGCCUGGGCCGGCUGUCGCCCAGCAGCCCGACGGUGCUUGUGGCCCAGGAAGCCACCCAGGACCCCUUCCCCACAGUUGAUGUUCCAGACCAUGCCCACUACACUUUGGGCUCCGUGAUCCUUUUGGUGGGGCUCACUGGGAUGCUGGGCAAUCUCACAGUCAUCUACACCUUCUGCAGGAGCAGAGGCCUGCGGACACCUGCCAACAUGUUCAUUAUCAACCUCGCAGUCAGUGAUUUCCUCAUGUCCUUCACCCAGGCCCCUGUCUUCUUCGCCAGCAGCCUCUAUAAGCGAUGGCUCUUUGGGGAAACAGGCUGUGAGUUCUACGCCUUCUGUGGGGCCCUGUUCGGCAUAAGCUCCAUGAUCACACUGACGGCCAUAGCCCUGGACCGCUACCUGGUGAUCACGCGCCCACUGGCUGCUGUUGGCAUGGUGUCCAAGAGGCGGGCAGGCCUGGUCCUACUGGGGGUCUGGCUCUACUCCCUGGCCUGGAGUCUGCCGCCCCUCUUUGGCUGGAGUGCCUACGUGCCUGAGGGGCUGCUGACGUCCUGCUCCUGGGACUACGUCACCUUCACACCGUCUGUGCGCUCCUAUACCAUGCUUCUCUUCUGCUUCGUGUUCUUCCUGCCGCUGCUUGUCAUCAUCUACUGCUAUAUCUUUAUCUUCAGGGCCAUCCGGGAGACAGGCCGGUGACCUGCUGUGACCCUUCCUAGGGCCUGCGAGGGCAGCCGCGAGUCUCCACAGCGGCGACAGUGGCGACGGCUGCAGAGCGAGUGGAAGAUGGCCAAGAUUGCGCUGCUGGUUAUCCUUCUCUUCCUGCUCUCCUGGGCUCCCUAUUCUACGGUGGCAUUGGUGGCCUUUGCUGGGCAUGCACACAGCCUGACUCCCUACAUGACCUCUGUGCCGGCUGUCAUCGCCAAGGCCUCUGCUAUCCACAACCCUAUCAUCUACGCCAUCACACAUCCCAAGUACAGGGUGGCCAUUGCCCAGCACCUGCCCUGCCUUGGGGUGCUGCUGGGCGUGUCGGGCCAGCACAGCCGCCCCUCCCUCAGCUACCGCUCCACGCACCGUUCCACGGUGAGCAGCCAGACGUCCGACCUCAGCUGGAUCUCAGGCCGCAGGCGCCAGGAAUCCCUCGGCUCUGUGAGCGAGGUGGGCUGGCCAGACACGGAGGCUGCGGCUGUGUAUGGGGCUUCCCCACUGGUGAGUGGGCGGUACCUCUAUGGUCAGGUUCUGGAAAAUGAGGAAGCCAAGGCUGCUCCCAGAUGCCAUGGACCAGGAGCUGAGACUCCCCGGAAGACCAGGGGGCUGCUCCCCAGCCUGGACCCCAGGACCUAG